GGAUUUUGCAGCCCUAGAUUCUUCCCAGGCCACUCUAGCUUGGUAGUAAGUACUAGAAUGAGAAAGUCUCAUCGCUCUUUCCUCUGAUACGCAGUCGUGUUACAUCACUAUGGCUACCAUUUUGAGACCUCCGCAUGUCUAGCUUCAUCUACAUUCAUCUUCUUCACACUCUGAGAUACCUUCAGCUCAUGUUCAGAAGUUUCUUCUCAUUUACUAUAUUCACAUCAAAAAUACGCCUACUAGCAACCUUCGCUAUUGAUUCGCCUAGUUACAUUCAUAGAUUGUACAUUCGUCUCAUAACAGAAGCAUGGCUAUCAACAUAGAGACUUCCGAAGGUCUCCGAAAAGAAAUCGAACAACUACGCUCUAAACAACCUACAUUAAAUUCCCAUGAAAUCUGGGAACAUCUAGUCAAAAAUUCAGAUAGGCAGAAACCACUGGAAGAGAUUAUGGUGGAAACUUGUCUGGUGGCACAUUUCGAUUAUCCUGAGGAAGAGACUAUCAAAAGAAAAGCUAGAAAAGCCGAUCUUGAGUAUUUAGAGAGCGAUAAUAAAAGGCUUAUGGAGCGUCUUCAAACUAAGAAUGCUAACACCAAACCUAUAUUGCCGGUUACAAAAGAUACACGGCCUGACUCCGAAGAGACACAACUCGGCGCUAAAGAUACAGAAUUAGAUUCUAGAGACACAAAGACGGAUAUCGAUGAGUGGGUUUCAGAUUACGAAAACACUGUUUUAGAAAUUCUUGAAGCUCUUGAUCCUAAGCUGUCAUAUGGCCAUUUGCACCAUAAAUCGUUGUUUCGACGCAUCCACAAGCUAAGAUUAGUUCAACCUAAUCUAAACUCUCGUCAAAUCUGGCGACGUCUGAACGAGGAUCCAGAAAGCCAGAAUUCAGUGGAUGAAGUCGUUGUAGAGGCUUGGCUGAUAGUGGGUUUUAAUUAUCCUAUGGAAGAAACCAUUCAAGUCAAGGCUUAUAAGAACCUGGUGCGUAAAUGCGCACAAGCACAAGAUCGAAUAGUUAAGGACCCUGAUUUUAAUAUGUUUGUCAAAAACUGGUACCAAUAUCUCGAAUCCAAUCCUAAAUUUAAAAGAAGAAUCGAAGAUUUAGAUCUGGAGAUUCUCAGAGGGAUCCACGACCUAUGGUUCCACCAACCUCAUUCAAGCUCUCGUUGGAUUUGGGGAGAGUUGAACAAAAAACCAAAUGAGUUGAUGCCAUUGAAAGAAAUAGUUGUGGAGGCUUGUUUGGUAUCGAAUGGAUAUCCUUUGGAGAACACUAUCCAGUUGAAGAAUCAGAAAAAGCAGUGGUGGCAGGAAAACGAACUUCUACAAUAUGGUUCCAAAAAUGUGACUCUCCUAGACUUGGAACCGGGUGAAGCGAUAGAGUCUAGAGCGCCAAUCAAGAACAAGCUGAAUCUUAAAAAGGUUGUUCAAGAUAUUAAAGAGCUACGUCAUUCUCAACCUACAUUAAGUCCUCGUCAGAUCUGGAUCGCUCUCGACAAAGAAAACUAUUGGCCGGCGCCGUUGCUAGAAAUCGCGGUAGAAGCUUGCUUGGUCAAAUUUUGUGGCGUUCGUCCUGAAGAUACCGCACAACUUGAAACGAUAGAUGAUAGCGAAGUGGCUGGGAAGAGGUUUUUGCAUAGAAUCUUGGAUUAUUUUUUUGGCUCACAUAAGCUAGAGAGCGUUGGCUGCAAAUGCUGCGGUCAUGCGAAAAUCGUAGAGCAUAGUGAAAUUGAACAUUAUCGAAAUGGUGGAAGAAUCAAGGUAGACCCUAAGACUACACGAGCAGUUGGGUUGUUAAGGAUUAUGCUCGAUACAAAACAUACCAUCAAAAGCUUUCUACCAAUAAACACACCUACGGCAUUAGCUAUCAUGCCAUAUCGAGAGAUGAACUCUAGUCAACGAGUUUACGCACUUUUUUAUGCUGAGUGGGAUGCAUGGAUGGGACCAUUACGUCGAACUCCUCCUCCAAUUGAUUAUGUCGCAGGUGCUGAGAUGAAGGCUAUUAUUGAUUCAGAGAGCCAUCUCGAUUGUUAUGAUGAAAUCCAAACAUGGACUCCAGAAAGCCCUGCGAGUUUUGAGACACAUGUACAAUGCGCAUUAAUAAGCUCAUGUUGGGCAUACCGUGGUUCGAUUGACUGGCUGAUGUUCGUGAUAAAACGAACAGAAGACCCGGACACAAUCAAAAUGGUUAAUAGUAUUGCCGCCGGAUUCUACGGUCUCAAAAUAUAUCAUAUGGGAAAUGGCUUUGUGGAAUAUCACAACUGGCACAAUGAUUGGUUCUAUUCCUUCCGAGUUUCACACGGAAUCGUAGCAUUUGUGAAGGAGAAAGAGGAUUCUCCUGAGGUGAUGUGGGCAGACAGAGAUGAAGGGGGGGGUUAUACAGCUCAUUAUAGACCCGUUUUAUUACCAUUAGGAACAUCGACACCGGUGCUCAAAGCAAGGGACAAAGAAGGACCGGAUGAUUGGAAUUAUGGUACCUUUGAACACGGACAAUGGGCAUGCUCCGUAAAGAAAGUCUAGAUGCUCAAUUCGAUUCAACUUUUGUUAAAUAGUUGAGGUGUGUACAAAAUCGGCUUGCUAUUUAUAUUUCUUCCGCUCUUUUUGUAGUCUUGUUUUCAUGAGGUUCUAUAUAGAUAGAAGGAAGGAACCUCGAUUAAUGCAUCGAAACUAACAAUUACGCGUCGUCGUUCUUUUUGCGUACGAUGAGAAAUUUCUGUACUUGGGAAUAGCUUCAAAAAUCAUAGUAGCCAUUGUAUUAAUUAAUUCAUGCAUUA